AUGGAGACGGAGCGUGAUCUCACCGUUCAAGCUGCAAACAUUAAAACGUUGAGAGAGUUCCUCCCAUGGGACUACGAGUGUGACGAGUACCUCAAUAUAUUGAGGGAAAAAUGUCGCAAGAAACAACGCACUGGACUAAUAAAUUUUUUGGUGGCGCAAAUAACACGUCUGGAGGGUGUAAAAAACACCCUGCAUGAGCGAUUUGUGCCCAUCGGUGCUGGAUAUAGAGCGAAGAAAGGAUUCAUUUGGAAAGAAAUCGAGACGGCCUUCAGAAACCGUAUAUUAACCAGCGCAGUCAUUAACUCGGACUAUAUCAAACCUUGUCCAUUUUUGGAACAAAUAAAAAGUAUAAUCAUAAAGCGGAUCCACAGCGUCAUGGUGAAACAUGGCAGUGUCAAGAUCAACACUAUGUUCAACGGGGAAUUUAUCGUUGGUGACAAGACUGCCGUAAAGACCAUCGCCACAAAAAACCGUGAGCUAUUUCCCACAUCUGAUCUAAACGAAUGGUACAUGAAGCAUAUGGUUGACGCCAUCCUGACGUCUCUGGAGGAAUUUCAAGAACGCGACAGCGGAUGGGCAUUGUUACAUAUCUUGGACCUCACCAUCAACGUCAAGAAGUUCAAUCCUCUGCACGCGGGAUGCCACAUCAAGUUACCGCGGGAAAUUUUAUUCAAAAGGGCAGUGGUCAACGUGCAAUCGACGGACAAUGUAUGUUUCGCGUGGGCAGUCGUCGCUUUACAUCCAGCGGAAAAGUACUCGGAAAGAGUAUCGCAGUACCCGCACUAUUCAACGGUGCUGAAUUUGUGCGGUAUCGAGUUCCCCAUGACGCUUCCACAAAUCUCAAAAUUUGAAAAAUUGAACACCACCACCGUAAACGUAUUCACAAUCGAAGGCCGUUCAAUCAUUCCUCUGCGUCUCACCGACGAUAAAAAAGAGAAGCAUGUCAACCUGCUCUACGUGCCUGGAAACAACGAGGCACACUUUGUAUAUAUCAAGGAUUUAUCGCGGUUGGUGAGCUCGCAACUGAGCAAGCGAAAUGGCAAAAAGUACGUUUGUGACAGGUGUCUACACUACUUUCGGACUAGCGAGAAAUUGUCAGUCCACAGUGUCGACUGCGGGAAGAUGAACAACUGCGCCGUCAUUCUUCCCAACGAAAACAACAAGUAG